UUUUUGUCCGUACUUGUUAUAGAAAUUGUCGCGUUUGAAGACCCGUCCCCGUGGUAGUGGUUCCAAGAAGAAGAUGAUGAUAAAGCAACACCUCUACGCUUGAAGUGACGUCACUAGAGACGAGUUUUUGAAAACAAAAUAACGGACGGAGUAAAAAUGCGACACCACCGUGGAGGACAUGUUCACAAAGAUGAACAAGACAAGAUCAAGAGCUGCCACAAGAACGACCGCACGACCGCCGUUGUAGCUACUAGGACUCGUCGUCGCUGUCCAGGCUAGUACGUAGUGCCACGACGUCGCUUCACUGUUUAGUCCGUUCCUUCAAUCAGCCACGACAAGGACCACCUGAGUGCGGUUUUCUUGUACCAUCUAGCGUGUUGAAAGCGUGACUUAGUACAACCAACCGCAGUAUCAUACGAUACGGGCAGACACGACUACAGCUACACCAAGACGAUGGGGGGUGGCGGCAAGUACUACUUCAGCAAGAAAUCGCAGAUACCAAAUGCAAAUAUGUCUGCCUCUGGAAGGUUAUAGCUUGUGAUGCUGCCUUUGGAUUCUACAAAAACCUGUAUUGCAUGAGGAGCAUUAAUACGAGUCCAACCUGUGCUACGCGGGCGGGGCAUUUCUCAUGCGGUAGAGGCAUGAGGAAGCCCUCGCAAAAUCUGUGAUGCUAGAGCAUACAUCACAGACAUCCUGGGUCCGUCUUCCAAAACCUGCAUGACAAACUCCUACACCCAUGCAGACCCAGACAUAGUUGCAGUUGAUAGCAGAUCUACGAGCAUUAUUGCUACGUGUCGCCCCGGGAUGUGAAAUUUGCGCUGAAUUGGAACGAGAAGCAGGACGAAGGAAAAGGAAACCAAAGUAGAGAUGAGAGAAAAUCAAGGGGAACAGGUGAUCAGACAGGAGGAUCUAGCGCGGCGGCGGGGGCCAAGAACAAGAACUCUUCUACCAACUCAACUUCAACUUCAUCCUGCGCUCGGGUGGAACAAUGGUUCGAAGGGUAUUUCGUCGUCUACAAGCCCUCCAUGUGGAUUUGCGACAACGAGUAUGGAGGCGUCAGGUUUGAAAUCGACAAAGUUGAAACGAUUUGCCAUGCAUAAAGUGCAAGGCAUGAAGUGCCUGUCUUGCCGGGAUGGCAAGCGAGGCCAAUUGUGGGCCUGUUUAGGGUUUGAAAUAGAGCUACUCAACUAGCAUGACAAAAGCAGUCUUCUGUGCCCAAAUAGCAUGACAAAUUGGAUUCCGGUGCUCCGAAAAUUUGUCAUGCGCCGCUUAUUGAGUGGGCUUCCGACUGGUAUCGGUUUUAUGCAUGACAAACUAUUUCAACUUUGACGAUUUCGAUCCUGACACAUCCAUAACGAAAACGCGGAUGAUAUCCGAAAGGAGGGAACGUCGGGGCACUAUCCAAGAAAAAAACGUUGUAGGUGUAACUUUUUCGGCGGAACAGCAUUACAAAUUCGUCUGGCAUGACAGCAAAAACCUGUCAUGCGCAGAUAGUAUGUAGUGAGGUCACCGAACGGUUCUAACCGGGGAGUUUUUUUGACAUAUACCCUGAAAAACGACCGGCAAUUUUCAAGCGGCCGGAAGCGUUUUUUGAUACAAAAUAUUUUCAAUUAUCAAGCCUCCGGGGCUUUGCCAACAAACAAGCCCGGUCGAAAACUAUCGACUCGCACUUGAUAAAACGACGCAGGGGAGCCGGCAAAAGGAGCGCCCUUCUGAGGCGCCCACCGCCUUGGUUUCUCGCGAUUUCGGGCGCCCAAAAGGGCGCCCGAGAAAAACGCGCCCAAAAUCAGAACAGCGAAACUGCAUGGCACGGCCGCGAUUUUAGAGCAUUUUUGGCGGCCGCGAAAGCGGUCGCCUUUCCGCCGGUUUCAGAGCCUGGGAAGCUUUGCAAAAAGCGCCGGCGAGAAAAAUAAAAACCCAAAAGAGAAAAAGCGCGCCAGACGCGCAAAGCCAAUCCGCAUGCUAUGGGCCCGAUUUUUCUUCGCUUUUUGGGCGCCUUCCGUGGCGCCCGGAUCGGCCCUAUAGCAUGGGGGCUGGCUUUCGGAAAGGAAUUUCGGAAAUUUGCCAGAAUUUGCGAUGUUCAUCACGCGGCCGCCAUACCGUGCGGCCUAACGUUACUCGCGGCGGUAUGGCGAGCCCAGAAAAAGCAAAGCCGCGGUCAAGGCGACUGCCGGCAAGAAAACGCCCACGACGUCACUACCUCCGCCCCGGCGGCUAUAUUUGGUACGACUUGAAAACGGCCUUUAAUGGUAAUGGGCCCUACGACGCAUGCCAAGCAUGACAGACGCAAUCUUUUUGCAUGUUGCGCAUCACAAAUUUACACUAACAGCGUUUUUUUCUUGGAUACGCACAAGCCGAAGAACAUAGUCACCUGGUUGAUCGCAAAUUACGGAAAAGCGUACCCCUUUCUAUCAGACUGCACAACUCCCCCCUCCUUGUCAUUUGUAAUGCAAAAUACCAAACUCACUCUCACACCUUGCUCGUAAGUACCAUCAGCAUGACAAAUAAUUUCGGAACGACCUCAAAUAGUACUUCUACAAUCCACAUGCCGAUUUGUCAUGCGAAAGCUCCUUUCGUGCUGUUGCUUGUGUUGCUGUUGAUGCCAUACAAAUGAGGGGGACGGGGAGUUGAUGUGCAUUUUCAUACUUUCUCUGCCACAACUUCAACGUCUUCACGAACAGCAGUUUCUCCAGCUGCACGGAAUCGGAGAAAGAAUGGGAGCAGAGGCUUUUAUUUCAAGACCAUAGUGCCAAGAGUGACAACAGCGGGAGGAAUUCUAGUCGAAGGAGUGGCGCAGGCACUGCUUUUGCCGCAACUGACAGGACAAUCACCACGACGACCGGAAGAACUACAAGUGUUGACAACAAGGACAAGGAGCUUGAAGAAGCCCUGCAGCAGAUUCGGACCAAGUCCCAGUUCGGCUUGCUCCACCGCCUCGACCGAGAGACCUCAGGCUGCAUUUUGGUUGCUUAUACCAGAGAGGCGUUUGUGCAAUUACAAACGACGAAACGGCAGAAGAUGUGGCACAAGGAAUACGAAACUUUGGUGCACGGAACCAUCCUAUGCAAAGAAAAAACUGUUUGACUGUGAUGAUUUUGCAAGAUCUGCAUCACAAGUUUGCUACACAUGAGACAAAAAACCUGUCAUGCGCGUUUCCCAGGGGAAAACACGCUUGAAAUUCCGAUGCCUUGCAGGUGUAGCAAGACAAAUACUUCUGUGGUCCAUUUUCUGCAUCACAAGUUCACAGUUUUUUCUUGCGAUACAUCCCACCCCGGCUCUGGCGGGACCAAAUCGCGAUUCCGCUGAAAAAACGAGCGAGAGCUGCCAUGUGGGAAGCGACAAAAAGUCCGAACCGGUACGUCACUGCACACAAGGCGCAGCAAGCAUCCAACCGAAAUAGCAAUCGGUUCUUCUCUGCUGGGGUGAAGUUUGUCGUGCAGAAGUGCGAAUGUUGCUCGGAGUCGCUGAGGAACUUCAAGAGGGAGAUAUCCUGUGUAAAAACCUGCCCACGACCCAGAGUUGUCAUGCAGAUGUACAAUUACAGAAGAGAAGACGUUUGUAAUGCGCUUGUCCAUGACGGGCAUUUCCGAUCGUGUUUUGGAAUCUGUAAUGCUGUAAACCGGAUGAGAAAAUGGUUUCCUCAUGCGGCUUCCUGUGCUAAACAACACUACACUGCAGAUGGAAACUUGUCAUGCACAACUCCCAAACCUUGGAGACUUGUGUUGCAGAUUUACCAACUUCACUCUCGGGUGGGGACGUUUUUACUCAGGAUAGGAGAACGGAUUGACAGACUACCAGCUAGACGGGGUAACUUUCCCGGGCUGCAAGUACAACCGGAGGCCAGAAAGGGUGAGACAAAAGCACAUGCUGGAGCUGAAGAAAACUUUCGCGUUGACAGACGAGCAAAAUGACCAGUAUGAAAGCAGUAUGAACUGCAAAAGUAUCGUAUUCGUAUAAAUGCAUUACAAAUUUCCUCUGCAUGAGAGAUAAAAUUUGUAAUGCGGAUUUAGCUUAAGAAAAAGAUUUGUAAUGCAUGAUUGCAAUACGAGCGCGAUACUUUUGCACAGGAUAAGCGGAGCUUUUCUGCAGGAGUGCACCUGGGCGGAGAACCAGAAAUACGACUGGGAGUGUUUGGAAUAUGAACUGCAAAAGUAUCGUACUGGUAGUAAUCGCAAUCAUGCAAUACAAACUUCCAUCCCAAGGUAAAACAGCAUGACAAAUUCCAUUUGUCAUGCUGACCGAAUUUGUAAUGCGAUUUCUUCUAGUACGAUGCUUUUGCAAUGCAUAUGGAACACGACAACACAAUGUCCACUCUAACCUAUGAGGUCAUCGGAUACUACAAGUAUUUCAGCAAGAAAGACAAAAGAGAGUUUCCCAUGACGCGACUGCGUGUGAAACUCCAGACGGGCAGGACGCACCAGAUCCGCGCGCAGUUGAAAUUCUUGCUGGAAGACCUUGCGGCGGACGAUAACGCGGGAAAGUUUGCGAUGAGCUGGAAAAAACAGUUCUUGAACAAGGUAAAGAGUGAGGAAAAGGGAAAUUCAAAUAGUGGCGCAUCUAGUGCUGGUGGUGUGGUGAAGAAAUUAAACGCAGAAGUUGUACACCAAAAAGCUGAUGAGAAAAACAACCCUGAAGACGAAUCUUCUUCGCCAUCUGACGACAGAAAAAACAUCUUCUCCAUGUCUCCCUCAUACCCGGUUUGCGGUAUUGUGGGGGACUUCUGUUACACGCACGGCAUUAUCAAAUGCAAAUAUGUCUGGAUCUGGAAUAAACCUGUGAUGCUGGCUGGCGAAAAAUCCUGAGGACGCCACAAGUAUUAGCGGCUCAGCAUGACAAGUUUCUGAUUUGCUAGGUGUUGCGCAUUCUGCAUGACAAACCGCGUCCCGGCAUGGCAGAAAAGUGGGGCUUUUGGGUAACGAGCAUGACAGACUUUGGCGUCAUGCUAGCAGAGCAUGACAGACCUUCCAGUCUUCCAGACCCAGACAUUUUUGCAGUCCAUAGUGAUUUACAAAUUUGACGAGUCGCGCGCAAAGGACAAACAUGACCGGAACGACGCGCUCUUCUGGCAGAAUCAGGCGAAGGAGACGUUUACAAGUGCGGAGCAAUUGAGCGAAUACGAAAGUUGGCAGAAGGACGCUUGGCUUUCCGAGUACAACUACGAAGUGCGGAAGAAGCAGGAGAAUAUCCUCUGCAAAAGUAUCGUACUCGUAGUAAUUGCAAUCGUGCAUUACAAAUUUUUAUCUCAAGGUAAAUCCGCAUGACAAAUUUUAUUUCUCAUGCUGCGGGAAUUUGUCAUGCAUUUCUACGAGUACGAUACUUUUGCAUUUGAUAGAGAAAACUUUGGAGCAAAUCGACUCCGAAUUGUUCGGCGAGGAUAACAAUAACCGGCGUCGGGUCUUCUUACACACCGGGGUGUUAGGCUGGCCAACUCCGGAGUCGAACAACGUGGAAGUGCAGUGCGUGAAGACCGAGUUACUAUGACAGUGCACAACUCCCCCUCGUUCUCAUUUCUCAUGCAAAAGCCCAAAUCAAGUUGCUUCCCUGCGUCACUAUUAUGCAUGACAGAUUCCGGAAGCCCAAACAGUACUACACUAGGCGAAUGAAUGUGUCAUGCACACCUGUGCCGGUGUUUGUAUUGCUGUUCAUGCAACACAAAUGAGGGCGGGGGGGAGUUGUGUACUCUCAUAGUUACCGGUCGAAUUGCAGAACGUUUUUUCCAAACUGACCGUCGAUGAAGAGUUGCAGAAUCAACUGAAAAAAUGGAAGGAGGAGAUGACGGGCGUCAAUGUCCGAUCCGCCAGGUCGAGCAAGCAGAACGAAAAAACCGCGAAGCCGCCGACAGAAUACCUUUCCACCGAGGGACUGACAACCCAUCAACGGAUGAAAAAGUGGCUGUAUGAGUUCGGGUUGAACCGCAAAACGGAAAUCGCCUUGAACAGCUUCUACCGGAGUAAUACGCUUUGCAAAGGUAUCGCACUCGUAAGUAAAAAUUGCAGUGACCACGCAUUACAAAUCGCGUGCCUAAAGGUAAAUCUGCAUCACAAAAAGAGAAAUUCGAUUUUUCAUGCUGAGGAAAUCAUUUGUAAUGCGUUCUUGCUACUACACUAGUGGUGCGAAGAUGCUUUUGCAAUGCAUAAGGAAAGACGAGAAAAAAAUGGACGAUUUCAUCCGGGAGUGGCACGCGUUUUGUCCGAUGGUCAAGGUUGAAACGAGGAAAAUGGACGGGGCGAAAUCUGUGAAACUGAAGUCCGCGGCGGUUCGGGGAUUCGAGCCCUGGAAGGAGGACAUUGCUGCGAAGAGUAGUACGACGAGCUCGCCCAGUGGCAGUGCGUCCUCACGACGCCGGGGACAAGAAGUUGUUGAGGGAGAUGAAGAGCAGCACGACCGUGCUGGGCGAGGAAGAAGAUCUUCGGAGAAACAAGAUGAAAGCAGAACAAGGACCCAAGGUCGUGCUGACAACUUGACACCCAGAACAGCACAUAGACCACCACAACGUGACAACAGCAGCAGAAACCGCACAGGAGCAGGAGGAGUUACGUCCUCUACGAGAGCAGCAAGACGAGGCAAAAUGAACAACACCAACAAGAACUCUGCGACCACGCCGCGAACUGAAUCUGAAUACGCGAUUAUUGAAACCCGAAAAGACCAUAGCUUGAUGGUGGACAGGAUCUUGACCAGGUGGAUGGCGGCGCAGGCGAUUGAAGCAGAGUUGUGGAUGAAAGGUCGUGUCAAGACUGCAGCGGAAUUGAAGGAGAUUAAUGAGGACUUUUGGAAACACCAGAUCCUGAAGUGUAGUGACGAUGUGGAUUUGGUUUUAUCGACAGGUGGCGGAAAUAAGAACAACAACAAUAACUUUCGUUCGGAGUGUUCGAAAAGCAGCAGCAGCUCCUCCUCUGCUGCCUCGAGCUCCGAUGAGCAUGAAAACGAGGUUGGUGGAAAAAAACCGGCAACAAUUCCAAUACCGAUUUUCACGCCGAAAAACAACAACGCCGAAGGUAAAAAUGAUAUCGGCGUGGUGGAUGCAAAGGUGAGCAAAAAGUUGCCGAAAAAUUGCUGUCAGUUUCCGUUCGAGGAGGAGGAGGAUACCAACAGGAGGAGAAAGAGCUAUGCGUUGCAAAUAUGUCUGGGUCUGGAAGACAGUAUACUUGUGAUGCUAAGUCUACUACACCCUGUAAAAAUCUGUGUUGCAUUACUGCCACCAGUUCUUGUCCACUUUUGACCAAGUUAAGAGGGAGUUUCUCAUGCAGGACAGGCAUGAUCGAGAUCAUCGCACAGAAUCUGUCAUGCCAGGAGGUCCUGCACUGCAGACCUCGUGGGUCAUGGAAAAUCUGCAUGACAAGCUUCCACGCUUCCAGACGGCCUAGACGUAAUUGCAUUUGAUAAGAGCCUCGACUUCACCAUGGGCAUGUUUUUGUCGACCGAGUUCAAGGAAACGAAAUAUGUCGUCGGCAGUGCUGAUUACGCGGCCCGAUUGCACGGGGGUUUGCCCGACAACUGGUAUCUUGUGUUCGAUAACAAGAAGCCAAUCGUCGAAGACAUGUGGUACUACUACAACCCCAUCACGCAGGACAAGAGACCUCUGGAUGAGCACCCGGCAGGAGGUGGAGAGGUGGAGGAAAACGAAAAGAGCAGCUCGGAACAAGCACCAGUGGUGGCUCCUGCUGCGGCGCCGCAGGAGGUGCAUCAAUUUUGCCCGGAGCAGCAGCUUAAGAGCAAAACCAGCAUCCGCGAGACGAGAACAACCACACAAGACGCCGAAGAUGCCCCAGGUCGUUCUGUUGCGGAUACUACAGCAAGAACAAAACCAGCACCACUUCUAUCCGAUGCAGACUUAGCCCGCAGGACUUGGAUCUGUGAGUACGUGAAACAGCUGGACCACAGCGCGCUGCUCGAGUGGAAACUGAAGUACAUGAAAAUUGUUCGGAGGGAGGAGUUAUUGAUCCGGCAGAGCAAGGUCGCGAGCAGUGUACAUCAAGCAGCAGCUGCGGUGGCUGCUGCAUAUGGUAAAGAAAGUAGAGAAAACUUUACUACAAAUAAAACCAUCCCCGUAGUCCUAACACGACCCGCAACCGCCACGACGGCAUAUCAAAUGUAAAAGUGUCUGGGUCUGGAAGAAUGCAACCUGUCAUGCUAAAUCUGAAGCAUGCAAAAAUCUGUGUUGCAUGAUUACCAAAAGUCGUCCACGUUUGAGCAAGUCGGGAGGCAGUUUCUCAUGCAGGAUAGGCAUGAGAGAGAUCGCACAGAAUCUGUCAUGCUAGGUUCUGCAUUCCAGACCUCAUGGGUCAUGGAAAAGCUGCAUGACAAAUCGCGCACUCUUCCAGACCCAGACACUUCUGCACUUGAUACGGCAGCCAGCGGGACCACAACUUCAGGGGGCAAUAAAACUUCACGGUCUGGCUCUGCCAGUUCUUCCAGUAGCAGUAGCGGCACUUUUUCUAGUAGCAGCUCAUCUGCGUUGUCUUCCGCUGCGCCUGCGUCUAUGAUUAACACACGCGCGACCACUUCUCAAGUUCCUCAUUCUCAACGACCUUCUACACAGCAAGAACAUCAAGCAGUGGUAUAUUCCAAAGCCGCUUCGGUGCUGCUGUCCCGCGAACAAGCUGCUGCGAAGAACGCCGCGCCCCCCGGGAACAGUAGUACAGCGACUUCUGCUUUCUCCUCUGUAAUUCUAAAGCCACCACCGACAAAAAGGCGAAAGGUGGAACCAUCAGGGGACGACGGAGCAGGUGGGAAAAAAAUAAUCAUCGCUAAAAAUAAGAAUACAACUACGACAAGAACAGAUUCGGUGAAAACAAAUGGCAGUAGCAUUGCCGCGACGAGGUCGAGGACUUCAAAACUUUUGUCUACCUGCUCCAGCAUGACAGAUUUUUUCCAGAAGUCACACGCCCGAAUGAUGAGCCGAGGGAUCAUGAGUCGGCAGAAUAGUGUAGAGGCUCCGGCGAAGAAUAGUGAUGCUGAUGGACAAGAACUAGAGGGUGUACAAGUUGUAGCACCUCCACCAUCUGCGCUAGUCCUAAGUAGAGCGCCAGCUGCUGUUGACGAUAGAAAUUCAAGUGUUUCCGAAAAUAAAACUGCUGAUGGUGUUCCAGCAUUCGCUCCUGCAGGAGCAGGAGCUUCUCAAGCAGAUUCGUCUCAGCAGCAGCCUAUUCCUCCAGUUCGGAUGAAAAAGAGAAGAAGAUCGAGCUCCUUUCCCGCCGAGAAUGUUGGUAGGCACGAUCUGAAUCAGCAGGGCGAACGAAAUGAAGAACACAGAAGUUUUGAUAUCAACAGAGCCGCAGCUACUGAGGCAGUGCAGCUUCCGCCGGGAAUAAACGUUCUUCACAAGAGCUCGGCUUCUGGAAAAGAAAACACAACACUUUUGGAACAACAGCAGCACUACGCCCGGCAAACCCAAAGCGUUGCUGACCACGCAGCGAAAAAUCAGGAACAGCAGUUGACUGCACAUCAGAAGUUCACUUCGGUGCAACACGCCCAAGCAUCUUCCUCUAUUUCGUCCUCCUCCUCUGGCGAGCAAGCUGUAGGGGCAUCAAAUACGGUACUAGCGGCUCCUACUAGCUCAACAUCAUUCAUUCCUGCAAGAAGAAUUACAACAACAGAUCAAGAUGAAGACAAACUGGUCCCCUUCCAAGAAAAGUUCCAGGUGAAAGCCAGUGUUCUCAGCCGCAGGCAGGCGCUGAUAAACCGGCAUCGGGAGAAGAAACUGUGGGCCGAAGCAGGAGAGCGACAAGUUGUAGAACAUUGGUCGGUAUCAAAUGCAAAUAUGUCUCCUGGGUCUCGAAACUUGUGAUGCUAGAAUGUGGAUGAUGGAAACAGCUCGUCCGACUGCUGUGUAGUAGCGCGAGAACUUUCCAGAACGCUUUCUCAUAGGCUGCAAUCCGCGUCAGAAACUCCGUGCUCGCAUGUUUAAAAGAGGCUGCGACAUUUGUUGGCUAUGCAAUACUAAUACAGAUUUCCUAGGUAUAAUCGAAAGCUAGCAUUACAAGUUCCAACCUUCCAGACCCAGACAUAUUUGCGUUGCAUAGUCGGCCGCCUAUCAAGCAGAUGUAGAUGAUCCCCGCUACCGCAGUUUCUCGAGGAACGACAAGAAAGACAAGGAGACAAGUCAAAGCGCCAGUGGUCAACAACAGAGUACUAGGGGGUCCUUCACCUUCGGCAGUCUUGCCGGAUUACGAAGGGCGGAAGUUGUGAGCGAGCCUGUUCCUAAUCCUACACGAUCGACUUCUACUGGCACCGCAGCUGCUUCUUCUUCUACGACGAACGGCAUGUUGCAUACUGGUGUUGCAGCAGUAGGAGCAGUAGAUACAACAACAGAAAACAUAAUCAUAAACAACAAGCACCACAACAAUACAACCGCUGUGCGCAGCAACAUAGAAGACCGAAAGGACUACAACGAUGUUGAUCACAUCGGCGAUAAAAAGGCCGAAAAAGAAAGGAAAAAGCUGAAAAGAAGGAGCCGCUCUGGAUCUGCGGUUAUUGACAAAAAACUUCUUUACGACACGGUAUUUGGUAUUAGUAUUACUAGCGACGAGCAUAAUUUUAUGCAUGUGCACAACUCCACCUCGUCCCCCUCAUUUGUCAUGCAAAAUGUCGAAUGGAGGCUGUGCCGCUUAGCACUGUUUGCAUGACAAGUUCUCAAAGCCCAAGUAGCACUACAACCUUGUGCAAAUUUGUCAUGCAAAACAUGCAUUCUCGCUCUCGCUGGCGUCGCGCUUUUAUUGCCGUUUCUGCUAUACAAAUGAUGGGGAGCAGGGGAAGUUGUGCGCUAUCAUAAAUUUCGAUCAGGAGCAACCCGGUGUGGAUUUCCGCGAUAAGGACAUCAGGCGCGGGAAAGUAGACAAGGAUGUGGAACUACACAAGCACGCGGCCUUGAUGGACCACACCAGAAAACGCGACGUCGCGGGAACCACUAGUACUAGAGAGCGGCGAGCCAGGACAACGUCGAAGGACAAGAUCAUGAAGUACGACAUCACUAAAGUCAGUACCAGAUCAACAUUGAAAUCUUCCGAGAAGAAAGAAAAGAAAGCUCUGUAUGAGUUGGCUAGUACUUCUACCAGAGGUACGCACAAACGAGGGCGGACGCAGCGGUAAACUGCUUUUAUUAAACGGGUGACGGUGAGCAGUUGAAGUUUUAUUAGAACCGCUUUUGCAUUUUCUGUGCAAGAAGUGCAGCAGUGGUCUCGAAGCACCCCAGGCGGCUCUCCCGGUUCCACUAAGUACAAAUGAAUAAAGAAUGCCUGGUGGCGCCCUCCAAGAACAUGUGACUCAUUCCCAUAAUAUUUUGCUUUUGUUUGCAAGCGACAACAUUGAUAUACUAGCGUUUUCAUAUGAUCAAAAAUGAACACGCGCAACCGCAACGAGACUAUCACUAUCAUGCGAAGAAGAUUUAUUUUCGCACGUCUGCGGAUAGAGAAAUGAAAUGAGCGACGCAAUAAAUGCAGCGUUUGACCAUGACGACCACACGAGCACGACUAAGGCAAUGACGAUUGAUGGGCGG